AUGUCACAGGAGGCCUCUGAUGGAAGAGUCAGAGGCAGCUCUGCACUGCUGCCUUUCCCUGUCACCCCUCACUCCCAGGGCUGCUCCAGGACCCACCUGUCCCUCUGUCCCUCUGUCCCUCUGUCCUGUCCCACAGGGGCCUGCAUCAACCGGUACCACCGGCAGCUGGCGAGAUCCAUCUCCCCACAGCUCCUGGAGGACAUCGCCUCCCCUCUGCACAGGCUGGAGCUCCUGAGGGCCCAGGGGGCUGCCCAGGUGCAGGCAGUGAGCCCCCUGCCCCAGCAGGAGCUUCAUGUCCCAGCUGGCAGGGACAGCCACACCUCCCUGUCCCUGCAGAGCUUCACGGACACCUCCAGCUCACACCAGUGUCUGUGUCAUCAGAGAGUCCAUGAACCCGUCGUGCAGAAGCACCUGGAGAGCCUCCAGAGCUCCUGUGGGAAUGGCCUGGAGACAGGAGCCCUGCAGCGCCUCACCAACCUGCUGCUGGUGGAAGGCCUGACCGACAUCCAGCAGAAGGAGCACGACAUCCUGCAGGUGGAAACCACCAAAGGCCUGCCAAACACAUCCCAGAGCAUCCCCCUGGAGAAACUGUUCCUGCCUCUCUCCAAAGUCAGCAUCCCCCCUCGGAUCUCCGUCACCAUCGGCGUGGCCGGGAUUGGCAAGAGCACGCUGGUGAAGCUGUUUGUCUGCAGCUGGGCAAAGGGGGAGAUCAGCAGGGACACCAUGUUCGUGCUGCCCCUCACCUUCCGGGAGCUCAACACCUACGAGAAGCUCUCUGCCGAGCGCCUGCUGUGCUCGGCCCGCCCUCACACCACCGAGCCCGGCCCCGUCCCGGCCGGAGCCGCCCGGACCCUGCUCAUCCUCGACGGCCUGGAUGAGUUCAAAACCCCCUUGGAUUUUUCCAACGCAGUGGUUUGCACCGAUCCCAAGAAGGAGAUCCAAGUGGACAGCCUGAUCACCAACAUUAUCAGGGGUAACCUGCUGCAGGAGGCCUCCGUGUGGGUCACGUCGCGGCCGGCGGCGGCCAGGCAGAUUCCCAGCGGGCUGGUGGAUCGGAUGACGGAAAUCCGAGGGUUUGGGGCUGCAGAGAUGAAGGACUUCUUGGACCAGAUGUUCCUGGGCAACAGAGAUCUGUCCAGCCAAGUCCUGCAGCACAUCAGGGCUAACAGGUCGCUACACGUCCUGUGCACCAUUCCUAGUUUUUGCUGGAUUUCUGGCUCCUCAAUCGCUUAUUUCCUGAAAUGCAGCAGCGACCGAUCCCAAGAAGCGACCGUGGUCCCCAGGACCCUGUCAGAAAUCUACUCCUAUUAUUUUAAAAUGGCUCUGAGCGGUGACUGGCUGGAAAAGCCACGAGAAACCCUCAGGAUUGAGCAGGCUGUGAACACCAGCAAGAAGCUGGUGGGCAGCCUGGGCAGGCUGGCCUUCUGCGGGCUGCUGCGGAGGAAACACGUGUUCUACGAGCAGGACAUGAAGGCCUACGGCAUCGACCUCUCCCUGCUGCACAGCAGCCUCUCCAGCCGCCUCCUGCUCAAGGAGGACAUGCAGGCCUCCACAGCCUACUGCUUCUCCCACUUAACCAUCCAGGAGUUCCUGGCAGCUCUUUAUUACUACACGGCGGCCAAGCGGGCCUUCUUCGACCUCUUCACAGAGAGCGGCGUGUCCUGGCCCAGGCUGGGCUUCCUCAGCCACUUCAGGAGCGCCGUUCAGCGGGCGCUGCAGGCCGAGGACAGGCAGCUGGACAUCUUCAUCCGCUUCCUCUCGGGGCUCCUGUCCCCGCAGGUGAACGAGCUGCUCUCAGGGUGGCUGCUGGUGAAGGACGAGCACGGCGGGCUCAGGAGCCAGGCCAUCGGCGUCCUGCAGGGCUGCCUGAACGCCGAGCACGCCGUCUCCUCGCGCGCCGUCAACGCCGUGCGCUGCCUGCACGAGAUCCAGCACACGGACACCGCCAAGGCUGUGGAGGAGGCCAUGAGGAGCGAGAGCUUGGCCGGGAUGCUCACCCCCAUGAACUGCUCUGCCCUGGCUUAUCUCCUGCAGGUCUCUGAUGUUUGCCUGGAGGAGACAAACCUCUCCAACUGCCUCACCUACAAUGUCUGUAAGAGCCUGCUCUCCCAGCUCCUCUUCUGCCACAACCUCAGGCUGGACAAUAACCAGUUUAAGGACGAUGUGAUGGAGCUGCUGGGCAGUGUGCUGAGCGUGAAGGAUUGCCAGAUCCAGAGGCUCAGCUUGGCAGAAAAUCAGAUCAGCAACAAGGGAGCCAAAGCUCUGGCCAGGUCUCUGCUGGUGAACAGGAGCCUGACGGUGCUGGACCUGCGGAGCAACUCCAUCGGCCCCACCGGAGCAAAAGCCCUGGCUGAUGCCCUGAAAAAAAACCAAAUCCUGCUGUCCCUGAACCUCCAGCACAACUCCAUCAAGGAGCACGGGGCCACCUUCCUGGCCGAGGCCCUGCUGACCAACCACCGGCUGGUGACCCUGCACCUGCAGAAAAACGCCAUCGGAGCCCAGGGCGCCCGGGACAUCGCGGAGGCGCUGAAGCAGAACCGCAGCCUGAGGGAGCUGAUACUCUCGAGCAACUCGGUGGGAGACAACGGCUCCAUCGCCUUGGCCGAAGCUCUGAGGGUGAACCACAGCCUGCAAAGCCUUGAUCUCCAGAGCAACUCCAUCAGCAGCACAGGGGUCACAGCACUGACAGCAGCUCUCUGCUCCAACAAGGGACUCCUCAGCCUCAACCUCCGGGAGAACUCCAUCAGCAAGGAGGGCGGUCCCGCCAUCGCCCGCGCCCUGCGGAGCAACAGCACCCUCAGGAAGCUGGACUUGGCGGCCAACCUGCUGUGCGAUGAUGGGGGCAAGGCCAUCGCCUUGGCCAUCAAAGAGAACCGGGCACUCACGUCCCUCCACUUGCAGUGGAACUUCCUCCAGGCCAAAGCAGCCACGGCCCUGGCACAAGCACUGCAGUCCAACAGCAGCCUGGCCAGCCUCGACCUGCAGGAGAACGCCAUCGGAGACGAGGGAAUGGCCGCCCUGUCCGCUGCACUCAAGGUCAACACCACCCUGGCAGAUCUCCACCUGCAAGUGGCUUCAGUUGGCGCGGCCGGUGCCCAAGCCCUGGCAGAAGCCUUGAUGGUCAACAAGAGCCUGCAGAUCCUGGACCUGCGGGGAAACUCCCUGGGCCUGGCUGGGGCCAAGGCCGUGGCCAACGCGCUGAAGGUGAACCGCAGCCUCCGACGGCUCAACCUGCAGGAAAACUCCCUGGGCAUGGACGGAGCCAUCUGCAUCGCCACCGCCCUGAAGGGCAACCACGGCCUCACCUAUGUCAACCUGCAGGGGAAUCGCAUUGGGCAGUCGGGAGCCAAGGUGAUCUCGGACACCAUCCGGACAAACUCGCCCGACUGCGUCGUGGACGUGUGAGGGGCCCUGGCUGCAGCGAGGGGGGCCCGGGGGUCCCUCUGCCCUGCUGACUGCAGGGAGCUCCUUGGUGCCAUCUCAGGGAUGAGAACUGGGGCAAGGAAAGCUCCUGAGCUCCUGGCACGGCCCAGGACCGAGGGUGUUGGGUCAGGAGCGUGGGAGGGUCAAUGCUGAAAGCUGAGGGAUGUGUUAUGUCCGUGUCUGUGCUCACCCAGGCCCUGAUGGAAUGGGGGAAAUGCAAAAAGGAGUGAGGAGGGGCAGAUUCCACAUGCCAGACCUCGAUUUUGUGGAUGGUUUAUCUGCUGGUGGCAGCAACUCCUCCUGUGAUCUCCCUGGGGCUUUGUCACCCCUGGCUCCCCUUGAAAUCCCAGAUGGACACGAGAUUUGCUGCUGCCUUGCUCAGGAUGUGGUGCUGUGACCCUGGGCACUAGCAGGUCCUGGCUGACACACCUGAAGUGUUUGGUUGAGCUGUUCUCUGUGCAAGAGUGAGGUAACCCAAGGCAUAGGAGUGGAACUGUCUGGAAAGACCUUGGAAAAUAAAGAGUCCUCAGGAAAA